AUGACUGGCCGGGGAAAAGGGGGCAAGGGUUUGGGCAAAGGGGGAGCAAAGCGGCACCGCAAGGUGCUCAGGGAUAACAUCCAGGGCAUCACCAAGCCGGCCAUCCGGCGCCUGGCCCGGCGGGGCGGCGUCAAGCGCAUCUCCGGCCUUAUCUACGAGGAAACCCGGGGAGUGCUCAAGGUUUUCCUGGAGAACAUCAUCAGGGACUCGGUGACCUACACGGAACACGCCAAGCGCCGCACGGUGACCGCCCUGGACGUGGUCUACGCCCUGAAGAGACAGGGGCGGACCCUGUACGGAUUCGGAGGAUAG